AUGAGUUUGUUUUUCUAGAAGUAUCGAAACAAUUCGCGAUUCGUAAAACACAAGUCUGAAAUCGACUGAAAAAGUUUGUAAAGGAAAAUAAUCUUUGAAUUUUCAAGCGAUAAGCCGGUAUUUUAUCAUAAAUUGGAAAAAUGUCUAUCGAUGAAGGAAAAUUCGAUCCGGUUCUGUUUUCGUUAGCUGAACAACAUCGGGGUGGUGUUCCAGAGUUGUUAGCUACGAUUGCUGGAUUUUUGAAUCGGAAAACGGAUUUCUUUGUUGGUGGCGAGGAAGGUGAGUGGGAAAAAUUAGUGUUGAAAAUUUUUCGCAAAGAAGCAGAGCUCGCGCAAGAUGUUGCCCGGAAGAAACGCGAAGAACGUGAAGCUGCUGAGCGAAGACGAGCCGAAGCCCGACGGAAGAAAGAGGAGGAAAUUCAACAGGAACAAGUAAAACAGGAAUCGGCAGCUAUUACGGAGUUGACCGAUGCGGAAGCUGAAACCAUGAUGAAAGAAAUUAAUGACGAAAAGAAAGACCAUGUAGAAAGAACCGAAGAAAAUAAUGAACAAUCAAACAAUACUGAAGAGGUAGAUGACGAUGACUCGCCCGAAGAUAAAGGUAAGCUUAAACCGAAUCGAGGUAAUGGGUGUGAUUUGGAAAAUUACAAAUGGAUCCAAACGCUGAAUGAACUCGAACUGCGUGUGCCAUUCAAUGUUACAUUUACGCUAAAGGCGAAAGAUGUACUGGUCUCAAUUCAGCGUAAAUCGUUGAAAGUAGGCCUUAAAGGGCAUCCUCCUGUUAUUGAUGGUGAGCUACAUGGCGAGGUUAAGGUUGAAGAAUCAUUGUGGCAUUUGGACAAGAACACCAUUGUUGUUACACUUGAUAAAGUUAACCAAAUGGGAUGGUGGGAAAAGCUGGUCAAAACGGAUCCUCCGAUUAAUACCAGAAAGAUUAAUCCAGAAUCGUCAAAGCUCUCGGAUCUGGAUGAUUCAACACGUGGCAUGGUGGAGAAGAUGAUGUUUGAUCAGCAACAAAAACAGAGAGGACUACCCACUAGCGAUGAGCAGAAGAAGCAAGAUAUGCUGCAAAAGUUUAUGCAGCAACAUCCAGAAAUGGACUUCUCCAAAUGUAAAUUCACCUAGAUUCGUAGGGAGUCAAUCGUGUUCUAGUUUUAACAUAUACGCACUAGUACUAAGAUCUGCAUGAGUCAUUCUGCUAACCUGUUCAUUAGAAUGAAGUAUUUGCAGCGAAGAGAUUUGGCGUAGAUGUAAUAUUCCUUUGUCUCUUGCUGAAAUUUAUUUCGAAGUACGAUCAAUAUGUAUCAAUAAACCACGGAAAACUUAA